AUGGACUUGGAAACAGGUUUACAGUGGUCGAAGCAGACUGAGAGUGACGACCCAGAAGGCGAUCCCCUUAACAACCUGAACCAUGUCUACACAGUGCUGGUUGACAAGCUGGAUGGUGGUGGCAAGGAGGUGUGGCUCCCCUGCGGCUUUCGAGGCGAUGUGGUCGACAAGGAGUUCUCCAUCAAGUACAUGCGCAUCUUAGACUUGGAGACGCUCGAACUGCGAACUGGCCCAAAGCUUCCGUUCGCCGGCGGAGCCUGUACAGCUGUGGCUCUGGAGAUAAUUCCGGGCGAGCCUCCCAUGAUUUGCAGCUUCGGUGGAACGAACGGCCAUCAUAAUUCAGGCAUUUUCCAGCCUUAUGCUACAUGUUACGACCGCCUGCGGGAACGAUUCUGGUUCCCUUUUGGCAAGAUGCCAUACGGCAUGGAUCAUGGCAGCAUCGCGGUGACUCCAACUGGUCUAUGUGGUGACCAGCGACGGACUGUGAUCAUCCUCAACUACCGCAUAGUUCCUUAUGGGAGCCAGCGGCCAGAAAUGCUCGCUCACGAUCUGCCAGAAAGUGGGUGGACGGCGGAAGGGCUGAGUCAGGCAUCCAUGGAGGAGCCAGGAAAGUGGUACCUCUACCACAAUGUGUCCUUCACCAAAGCUGAUCCUUGUACUUCUCCUCGGGACGCCAGCGGGCUGGCCACUGCCAACGGCGGCCGGUUCCUGCUAAACUUUGGUGGAAUAUUUUACACGCACGACAAACAUGGACGCCCGGUCGGACACCGCUUCAGCGUCAUCCGUAGCUUCGAUGUUUGCGAGAAGCGCUGGACAAUUGAGGGAGACCUCGGGAUGGAUACGUUCGCAUUGCAGACUGCGGCCAGCCAGAAGCUUCAACUUGCAGUGACCUGCGGGGGCGAGUCGGUGGAGAGGUCUUUGAAUCGAAACGGAAAUCAGCCGUGGUGCAUUGUUCACCGUCCGCGACACGGCCUAGAAUUGGCCAAUCGUCAUGGCGAUGCCGCCACCCACAAGUUCCCACGAGGGUUCGUACCCGGAGCAGAGCAGCUGAGAGCAAGAUUGAAGCAGAAGGUGGGCAAGACUUAG